AUGGCACCAUCAUCACCAACUAAAUUACCAUCCAAUCCACUAAACCAUCUGAGACCAGUGGAUGACGAAGACUUUGUAGAGAUAUAUGAUGACUCAUACUCAUCGGAUGAUGAGGACAACAGGAGAUCAAAGGAAAGAAGGAUACGCGAGAAGGCACCAAAGUCAGAACAUGAGAUCCUUGAUCUUGAGAAGAAGCCAAGACUACCCUCUUCAAUAGAGAUAUACAAUAGGAUAAAGUGGGACUGCACGGAUGUAGACAUUGAUGAGUUUUCCAUUAUUUAUGAGGACAGAAUUCUUGGAUUGGUGGAGGUGAUCUUCAGCAAGUACGAGAUUGGAACUAUCCCUCUACACAGAGUGAAGACAUUCAAGUACCAGAACAAUAUCAUUUGGGACCGCAAGACCAGAUUCAUUGCCUUCCCUGAACUCUAA